UGGGUGCCGGGUGUUGACGCCAUGUCUACUUCAGCUGCCGCUGCAGCAGUGGCUGCAAGCGUAAGCAUGAACAGUCAGAGACGCAAUUCGCUAGGUGAAAUGCCAAAGAUGCCUUGGGUUUGGGUUUGCGAUCAGCGAGCUCCGAGUCAGCCUAGAAAAUUGCCAGUUCCAAAAUACUUUCAGUCUGGGAAUGAGCAUGUUGGAAAACUGACGUGGGAGAGCAUGAAAAAAUGGCUAAGCCGUGGCGUUGAACGUCAAGUGACAUCAGCUUGGAUUGCUGUGGAGCAACCCGGAAAAAGCGAAUGGCAUCUUCACGAAGUGCCAGUUCAAUUGAGCAGUUCUCCUUUCAAAGACGGUACGCUUGUGGUGGUGUGCUGUGGGAAUGAGUCUCUCAAUCCGAACGUUUCGGGGCAGCUUCCGCCACCCUUCAAACUGCGACCAUUGCAAAACCAGGCUUCGUCUGAUGCAUCUGUCUUAGGGGGAAAGAUGUGGAAGUCAGCGCGGUCCAGAGUUUUGGCCACAAUGGCUUUCAGCCAGCCAGCAACGAUCUUUGGAAAGAAGCUCUCGAACGGAAGUGACAGGUCUCUUGCAAGCGCCGCAAGCGCUGCUUCAAACCGAGAAGCUUUCGCCCCAAUACCGGAGGACAAAAUGCAAAGAGAAACAGAACGAGAAGUUGCAGAGGCAGAACCGAAUGUUCGGCCACUGAAGCCGGCCAUCAAGAAAGGGAAGGAGACGAAAGCGAUCAAAGAAGUCAGGACAGAAAGAGGGAAGCUGGGGAAGACCAAGCCACGACUCAAGUUCGAGGGACAUGAGGAGGAUGCGAUGGAUGUGCCUGCUGAGUGCCAUGACCUGAAUGAUGGCUUUAAUGCUCCGGUGAAGCCAUGGCUUUUGUCUUGUGGACCUGCUGCUCCAACAACGAUGACCCGAGCCACGCAGACUGAACCCCUGAAGGUGCGCGGGUCUUGCAGCCGCUGUUGUCGUUGCCGCAUGUGCUGUUGCGAUGGAUAUGAAGACAGUGAUAUCCUUCAUGUACAGUAAUUAGCAAAGAGAAUAACAUUUUUCGAAGUGCAUGUGCUCUGCCCCUACAGGCAAGCGCUGCCUAAAUUCAUGCACGGCCCUCGCUCUUAGACUGGUGAAGGGACAUUGAACGAACCGGAAUAGGUGCUUCGCCGAGGCAAAGAGCGGACAAUUUGAAGUCCUAGUGGCCCAGCGUUGCUGUUUCCCACACCAGUGGGAAUAUCCAGCAAAACUGGCACUCGGUGAUAAGUAGAAGGGCAAGGAAAGGCGUUACACAUGCCCCUGCACAGGAGCAGCGACUUGCAGCCUCCCGUAGUAUCUUUCGUCUUGACAAGGCACAAUCCAGGAUUUCACCAAUUGCCAAUGUGCAAAGCACUUGGCAUCAAAUGUGCCCACUGAUCUCAUCAUGACGUAUCAAAAAGCAAAA